ACGUAACAUUCCAUUGAGAAGAAGAGGAGGGGGGGGAAGAUGGCGUCCUCUAACAAUCCUCGUAAAUUUAGCGAAAAAAUCGCCUUGCACAAUCAGAAACAGGCGGAGGAAACCGCCGCGUUCGAAGAGGUGAUGAAAGACCUGAACAUCACCAGAGCUGCUCGGUUGCAGUUUCAGAAGACCCAGUAUUUGCAACUAGGGCAGAAUCGUGGACAGUACUAUGGAGGCUCACUGCCCAAUGUCAAUCAGAUUGGAAAUGGCAACAUUGACCUGCCUUUUCAGAACUCCGUGCUGGACACCAGUCGAACAACCCGGCAUCACGGACUGGUGGAGCGCGUUUACCGUGACCGGAACCGCAUCACCUCUCCUCACCGCCGGCCGCCGUCCGUCGACAAACAAGGGCGCCAGAUCGACAGCUGUCCCUACAGCUCAGUUUACCUCUCCCCACCGCCAGACACCAGCUGGAGAAGGACAAAUUCGGACUCUGCUUUACACCAGAGCGCCAUGAAUCCAAAGGCCCAGGAGGUUUUUGCCGGGGGAUCCCAGGAGCUGCAGCCCAAACGAGCGCCCGGGGCAGAGACUUCGGAGUCAAGCGCAGACGAGGACUUGCAGAAACAGUUGUGGGAUGACAAGAAGGACGAGUCAUCUCAGCCCAACACAUGUGAUGUCCCGGGAAUCAAUAUAUUCCCGUCACCAGACCAGGAGUUGAACCCGUCCAUGAUCCCGGCUGCACACAACACCGGUGGUUCGCUGCCUGACCUGACCAACAUCCAGUUCCCUCCACCGCUGUCCACCCCUCUGGACCCCGACGACACCGUGGCCUUCUCCUCUCUCAGCUCGUCCAACAGCACGGGCACCCUGACCACAAACCUCACCCACCUGGGCAUCAGCGCUGCAAGCCACGGGAUCCCCACAUCCUCUCAGCCCACCAUGACCGUAACAACUCAACGCCGGCAGCCCCCCGUGGUGCCGCUCACCCUCACCUCUGACCUCCAUCUCCAGCAGUCCCCACAGCAGCUUUCGCCCACCGUCUCCUCGCCCGUUAAUAUCACGCAGGACGUGGCAACGGAGUUGAUGACCCUGGAACAGCAGCUGUCGCAGUACCCCAUCUUCAACCAGCUAACUGCUCAGGCCCAGGCUCAGCUCCUCAGCGACCUCCAGAAGCAGCAGCAGGCGCUGCCGCAGGGCAUCCAGCUCAUCACCUUGCCACCGCUGGCCUCACCUGGUACCACUACCAGCAGCCCCUCGCCAGACAGCAUGAGCCAAACCACUAACAGCAUCAGCAUCGGCUCGUACCGCAAUCAGACUGGCUCACCAGCCACUCAGUCUCCAACCUCCCCAGUCUCCAAUCAAGGCUUCUCCCCCGGCGGCUCGCCUCAACACAUCCCCGUGGUGGGCAGCAUAUUCGGCGACUCCUUCUACGAUCAGCAGAUGGCGUUGAGGCAGACCAAUGCCCUCUCUCACCAGCUGGAGCAGUUCAACAUGAUCGAGAACCCCAUCACCUCCAACAUCCUUUACAACCAGUGCUCCACCCUCAACUACACGCAGGCCGCCAUGAUGGGCCUCACCGGGAGCAGCCUGCAGGACUCGCAGCAACUCGGCUACAGUAGCCAUGGCAACAUCCCCAACAUUAUCCUAACAGUCACAGGAGAGUCUCCGCCGAGCCUCUCCAAAGAGCUCACCAACUCCCUGGCGGGCGUCGGCGACGUCAGCUUUGACGCGGACUCUCAGUUCCCUCUGGACGAGCUGAAGAUUGACCCGCUCACCCUGGACGGACUGCACAUGCUCAAUGACCCCGACAUGGUUCUUGCCGACCCUGCCACAGAGGACACGUUCAGGAUGGACCGGCUGUAACGCAAGGAGGAGAGGAAAGAGUAAAAAACAAACACACACACACACACACCUAGCUUGUGAAAGGAGAGAAACAAAGGGAUGAACGGAUGAACCCUCUCCCUCGUUGCAUGGCCGUCCAGCUGUCUGAUCUCGCCCUCGACUCCGUGAAGCCCUUUGAAAGGAUGCGCCUCCAAAAGACAACCGGGGUGGGGGGGAAAGACAUCCAGCGGAAUGGCCUCGCUGUCGUUUUGAAUGAGAUUCAGCGCUUUCGCUAGCCUGCUGUGUUUACAGUAUGCCCUUACAUGCCCCACAUGCCAAAACGUUUGUUUUUCUUCUCAUAUCCACUUUGAUAUUUGUUUUGUUGAUAUUUGCUCGUAGCAGGAAGAUGCUGGGACGUUGGGCUAAACUGUACCCGUUUUUACAGGCCGCAACCGCAGCCGGCGUUGACCGUGCAGUCGGUUUUCCCAUCGUGCUGUCACAGCUUUCUUUCCCCCACAUAAAGCUUUAUUUUUGACAACCAAAUGUUAUUUCCAUCGUUUUCUGUAUGUUUUAAUACAUUGCGUUUACGUGUUUAUUUAUUGAGUUAUAGAUUUUUAUAUUCCUGUUCAGAAUUUAAAGUUGAUGCCAAAAUGCUCUCUGUAGGGUUAGUGUGAAGUUGCACUGAUGUAAUGUGUCUAUUUAUGAAUUACCAACAUAUUUAUACAUGUGUUUGUUAAGCUACUUGGUAAAUGAAAGAGUGCAAAACCUCCCCACAGUUGCUCUUUGGUGUUUGACGUGAUUUUCUGAUGUAGGACGUCCUGCGGCCCAAUGGUCAAAUUGAAAUAUCACAGUUUUCAGCACAGCGCCAGAAAAUGCUGCGUGCUCCGCUGGUGGGUCGUUUCUACGCCACUCGAAUUAACUUUUUCUGAGAAAAUCAUCAGGUAUUUCUAUUAAACUAGAAAGCAAGAAAAAACAAGUCUAAAUUAAUUUUCUGCCAGUUAAAAGUGUAAAGUAAAAUAAUAUAUAUAAUCUCACACACCUAAACUAAACUUCUUUUCAGUAAAGGAGCCUGUCUGCUUUUAAACACUAAAAUCUUAAUAUAAAUAUAAAUAUUUUUAAGUCGUCACUGUGAAAUCACCUGAUUUUGCCUUACAUGAGUAAUAUACUGGUCUACUUAAGUGUCAUAUGUGACAACGUAUUUUCGUAAUUUACUGUAACAUUUUCUUGUAUUUGAGAGGAACUCGACCUUCCGUCAGUAUUUGUGGUCACGUUAAGUGUAAGUUUUGACGAAUCAAUGUACUGUAUUAUGUAUCUGUACAGUUUAUAGCCAAAUAGUUUUUUGUUUUGUUUUAAAUCGGGGAAAAAAACAGAAAACAUUUCUCAGAAUGGGUUCAAAGUGAUUGAGAUGGAGUGCAAUUUUGGGGAGGCUUUUUGCUCCUUCACAGGGAAGAUCUAACAAACGCUAAUGGCCUUUGUCACACAGGUGGUCGACAGCAAGUAAAGGGAUUUUAACAAUUGAUUGUUGGACAUUUAAUAUUAUUGAAGCCUCCAAAUGGUUGUUUUCAUGCAAACUGUUUCAGAGAUUAUUACUAAAGCAGGGUGUUUUUUUAAUUUAAUGAACUAAAAUUCAGUGUUCCAAAUGAAAUGUCUCACCAAGGAUACGCGGUAGUCUAGAAUUGUUUACCGUGAAAUGUUUACACAAAUUCUUCAUCUGAAAAUGUACAUAUUGAUAUUAUCUCUGACUACAUCCUUUGCUAAAAUGUGUUUAACAACUUGUGUCAAACUUAAACCUGCCUUGGCCUUUUGUCAGAGCUUCCCUGUGUGUGUGUGUGUGUGUGUGUGUGUGUGUGAGAGAGAUCAUGUUCGAUAUGUCGUAACGUUCGUGUGCAGAUGUGCUAAGCGUUCACUCAACCCCUUCUCUCCCGAAAAGGAAUCACGCUCGUUCUUUUCGGUCCGACUACCGUUGAACCCGUUUAGAAGUGUUUGAUGUCCGCUGUAAUUCUGCAUUAAUGGUUCUGCCUGCGACCAAUAUGUGAUUCCUAUGCAAAUGAGAUCUGCAGAAAACAAAAUUCCUCCUCUGAUAUUUUGUGUUUAUUCCAACGUUCCGGGAGUUGAGCUGGAUUUAUUCUCAUUUAUUCUAUUCGACAUAACUAAAUUAUGAAGGCUCAUUCUGUGCACAUUUGUGAUUUAAGAUUAAGUGAGGGAGAAAGAGCGAUGUGAGCUGCGUGCAUUUGAUUAUGUUGCGCUUUGCAGUGGUGCUACGACAAUCAACGAGUAAAAUCGUACGCUUAUCAAUACAUGUAUUUCUAUCGCAGAGUAACAAGGAACAUGAAUCCAGCUCUACUUGGAAUCUUUUUCUGUGAACCGCUAUCUCUUCAGUUGGUCAUUUUCCUACGUUGUCUCGGACUCCGACUGUCCACCGCAACAAGCGUCUCGCUGUGUCCCUGUAAGAGACACGGUAAGAGAAAACCUCUUGCAGAUCCUAAAGGAACUGAUGCAAAACCUCGACUCUCUUUCGACGGUUUCAAUCAAUGGAACAGUUCUGUUAUGUGGAUGUUAGUUUAUUGGCCUGUCACCCAAAACCACACAAAAAGCUCUCGAGGUACACAACAACUUUCAGAAGCUGUUUUUUAUUUUUUUAAAUUAUUUUUUAAGUCUCUGAAACAAAUGCAUGAACUCAUUCUCUACAGACAACAUGUCGUCCGCGCUGACCUUGUACAUACGCUGCAGCCGAAGCAGAAUGCAUGACUCGUCUCUAAGCGAAGGCCUUCUAUAGCAGGUUGGGUUUGUGUAACGUAAUACUAUCACACCGUGUAAAGGGGGGUGUGGGUUUCUCCUCUGUGUCGGUUAACUCCUGUUAAGUGACUCUGUGACCUUCUGUAUGAUGCUUCUUCAACAAUGAUAAGAAUGUAUUUUCCUGGUGCAGUGUCCUGGUUUAAGCCGGCUUUGAGUUUGUUUCUUUUUGCUCUCGUCACUGAAGGAUCAGACUGGUUCUUCUGCUCUCUGCUCACCAGCCCCUCCCCCCCCUCUCAGCAUCUCGCCUGUUAGAAGUCUAUGGAUUCUGCUAACGUCGACCCCGCCCCUUCCUGUCCCGUCAGCACAACCCUUUUGGCCGUUCUAGAGAAAAUGGCGGCGGGGAUUGCGGAUUGCGGAUGAUUUUGCGUACUUGGACCUGUGAAGCUUGUGCGUCACGCCGUCAACUGCAUGACACCACGGUCACGUGGAGCUGAUUGUUAUAUUACAUAUGUAAUGUGCAGAGGUUUGUUCCAGUUAUGCAGAGAUUGUUUAAAGACAUUCUCUGCUUUUGUCUACUAGGAUUUGGCUCGUCUUGUUUUUCCUCGUUUGUUUUUUUUUAAUUUUUUUUAAUCUGUGAAGAUCAUCGGGGAUGCAAAACUAGAAAGGGCUUCCUCCAGUGCAGCUUGCAUUCUCGUGUUGUAAAGGGAACGGUACUCCGAAUGUCUCUCUGUUGGUCAUAUCUCCCCCCACAUGAAAAAUUGCAGUUUGCGUGAUUAACGGCUCUGACAGUGACGAUAGAUGGAAGGUGGUUGUCGCCUCGAUAAUACUCAAGAGAAGCAUCGUCACUUUGAGUCCACGUUCUGCUUCCAGAACACCGUACAGUGCUGCACACACUCUCACUUUGGCAAAAUGAGUGUUUUGCACAUGAAGAAUGUUAUUGCAUUCAAACUACAAUAUGGCAACUAAUUCCCAGCUCCAUGAAAAUACGGUGCGUUAAGAGUUACUGGACAUAUUUUACUUUGAUUCACUCUAUUUGAAAGCUCUCACUGGACUCGAUUGUGUUUUUGAAGUUGAAAGUUAACAAAUAGUUUGAUGUAGGUAUUCAAAAGUCACAGGUUUGGUAAUUAGAUUAGCCAACGGCUUUCCAUUUUAGUUCACAUCAGACGGCUAAUGCACCUUUUUGAUUAAAGUUGGAUCUUUUUUUGCUCGACCCUUUCUGGGUAGACAAAUAUGGAAUUCUAAAACGUUUCAAGUAUGUUAGCACUUUGGGCUAAUUUCACAAACUUUUGCAGACAAAAAAAGGCCAACUAGCAAAAGAUGGAAGUCCGUUCCAAACCGAUGAAAAGAACUAAUCAGCUCAAAGUGUGUUUUCUAAUGGCGACUCAUCUGCCUUGUUUGGACACGGUUGACUUGCAUUACUUGUGAGCACAGCUUACGUUUGUGUUGUGUUUUAAAAAAAACAAAAAAAAACAGCAAUAGAAAAGUGUUUUUGAGGACUGAGCGGUGCUCGGAUGGGGCUGCUGUGUUUUGAGGCGUAUCCCCGGUCCCGGAGUGGUGGUGAGCACAAGGAGGCCUCUCUCUGUGUGGAAGUCUGCGUGUUCCCUCCGGGUCCAAAGACCUGCUCCCCCCUGCAGUCCAAAGACCUGCUCUAAGGGUUUAAAAGAUGGGGUGAGAUCCUCCGUCCCAGGAUAAUACGGAAAGUCCUGCUGCUCGGUCUUUAUGCUCCUUCUGAGAGGGUUUUAGGUUCUCGUUAAAUUGUCCCAUUAACAACACAGGGUUUUCAAAAUACCUACAACUACUUUCUGGGGGGAAAAAAACAGUUUAAGUUGCACUUAAAGCGUAUAGUGAGAAUAGCAUAAUAUCACUGUUGUCCUGUAAGUUGUAGUAAAAUAUCUAGUUAUUUAUUUGUUGCCAUGUGAUUCUCCUUAUGUGACAGUUUGUUUAUAACAUGAAAGAAAAAUGUCAAUUAAAUUGAAUGUGGAAGACAGAUUCUUCUCUGCACACCGUCUUGAUUUGCAGAAUAUGCUCAUUAAAAACAAUUGUCUGAA